AUGCAGUUGCCCAUCAUCUUUCUGCUCCUCUUCACAAUAUUUGGCAAGCUUGCUGAGAGCGCCACACUCGCACAACAGCUAUGUGCCACCAAAAUGGGAACUAGUUCUGUCAAAUCAGUUCCAACUCAGACCUACGCUCUGACACUCACCCUAACCAAGCAAGUCAAAGUCACUUCUACUCCAGUCACGACAGUCACUCCUGCAGCAGUAACGACGACUGGUCUAACGACAGCUUUCACUACCGUUACGAUAACAGGCCCGACGAGCACUGACACGACAACUACAACACUUACCAGUAAGCGCAGCCGGAUCCACCUUUGUUUGUCAACGCUGACUGCAAGUUUAUUAGAUACAGAUACCUCGACCAUCACCUCGACAACAACACAGACAGCCACUCAGACCAACACCAUCACGACCACAACGAGCGGCACAUCUACCAUAUCAGCUCCUGCAGGGUUCACGGCCAUCAAAUCAGACCCCGACUAUGUACCCAAGAUCAAGGCUCGUGAUGUGCUUGGUCUUGCAGCCCGAGCAGCAGCGCCGCAACAGAUCGUCGUCAAGCUUGCUAAUGGCAAGCCUGUGGUCUCACCUCAAUUAUUUCCAACAGCUGUCAUCUGCGGUAGACUGGUCGAGACUGUCACGACAAAGACCGCGACCGUGACAGCAACAAGCACGAGCACAGUGAAUGCCGCCACACCCACGUCGACUGUCACGUCAACUACCACUUCCACAUCGACAAGCACUAUCAUCCCUGAUCGAGUGACCGCAACUGCGACAGCCACUACAUCAACCACAGUCACAACAUCAACUGGCACAACUGUUCAAACAACCACUACUAUCACAGCCACAGAAGUCGCCACCAUCCCUACGGCAACCACCUACGCCGCCUGCCAACCCAACAACAUCGCCACCACCGCCAACGGCGGCAAGACUAUCAACGAAGUCGACGGUGGCAGCGGCAACCAUGCCUCCUUUACUUCCGGCAGCUCACCGUACGACUGCUGUGUCGCCUGCAUCACCUCAAGUGACAACUGUCGUGCCUUUGUCUACCUUGGUCUUGGCAACGGCUACGACUGUGAAUUGUUAAUUGGGAGUAGCUGUGAUCCAGGAGUCGCGUUCGGCGGCACACAGUUCAGGACUUCUCCAUCGACUACGACAGCAGGGAUACCUGUUGGGAAUGGGAAAUGUGGAAUUGUGGGCAAUGGUGGGACAGGGCAAACGUGA